AGGAAGUAAAUGUAAAUAGAAACUUGUUGCACAAAUUGAUGAAAAUUCAGGACAGACAAAACGAAUGUGAAGCAAAAGUUGUACGCGCAGCUUAUGUUAAGCCGUUAGCAAACUAAAUGCGCAUUAAAAUGGAUUGCACAGUGCAAGGGCAAGAAAAACAACAGCAGCAGCAGCAGCAACAGCAGGAAAGUAGUGAUGAUGACGACUUGAGUACAACGGAAAGAAAAAAUUUAGAAUUUGCUCAAAAGCUGGGUUACACACAAAAGUCUAUACACACAGCGCUAACACGCCUGGGCUCCGAGGCAAAGCAAAACGAUCUACUGGCGGAGCUUAUAAAACUAACGGCAGAUGAGCCUCCACCAGCCACGACAAACAAAAGUAGCAGCAACAUAAACAAUAACAAUGCUCAGCGCCUACGGCACAUUGUGAUUGAUGGCAGUAAUGUGGCACUGUCGCAUGGCGUUAAUACGGUAUUCAGCUGCCGCGGCAUACGAAUCUGUGUGGACUGGUUCCGGCAGCGUGGACAUCGACAGAUCACAGCAUUUGUGCCCCAUUGGCGCAAAGAGCUGGUCAACAAUAACAUAACGGAACAGGAGGUGCUCUAUGAGCUAGAACACGAACGUGUUUUGGUCUUCACACCUUCCAGGCAUUUAGAUGGGAAGCGGAUUUCAUGUUACGAUGAUCGCUUUAUACUCAAGCUGGCAGUUGAAACUGAUGGUAUUGUGGUCUCCAAUGACAAUUAUCGCGAUUUGCUGCUAGAGAGCAAUGAGUUUCGAAAAGUUGUUCAGGAGCGUCUCUUAAUGUACUCCUUUGUGGAUGAUAUCUUUAUGCCACCGGAUGAUCCAUUGGGUCGCUCUGGCCCCUCUUUGGACAUGUUCUUGCGCUCGCCAACGCAAUUCAAGGUGACAGAUCUGCAGCAGCAGCUGUGUCCAUAUGGCAAAAAGUGCACUUAUGGUCAAAAGUGCAAAUUCCGCCAUCAAGGAGCGCCGCUGCAGAUGCAGCGUUUGCCACUUCAAGUGUCGCACAGUGCGCCGCUACAUAGCAAUGGGGCACAACAAUUGGCACGAACUAAAUCGAAUACGCUAGAGAAAAUCUCACAGCAACAACAACAGCAGCAGCAGCAGCAACUUUGUCAUUCCUUUAACAGUCAACUGGAGCUUAAUCAGCCAGAGACGGAUCAACAGCCUAACCGUCACAAGAAGCUGCAAAGACAAGCGCCGCCCACAUACCAACAGCAGCAUCAGCAUCCAAAUUUUGCCGCCAGCAAUAGCAGUUAUGUCCAUCAGUAUCUGACACGCACACCAUCGGCACCACUGACAGAUCAACAUCAGGCUGCUAAGCUAACGCUACCGGGCGCGCAUAAUUUGGCGCAUUUGUCUGCCUCCGAUUCGCGCAUUAAUGAGGAGCUGCAUACGGCUCAAGCGUCACGCGAGGAGCAGCGUCGACUGCUACGCUAUCACUUAAGCAGUCUAUUUCCACAGCAUCAGGUGCAUGCUGUGCUGCAACUCUAUCCCGAUGAGACCGAUGCCAAGACAAUCUGUGCAGCUAUACUUAAUUUAUUUCCACAUAAUUAGACUAAGAAACUUAAGGCUACGCGCAACUGAUUAAUAAGAGGCGUACUUAAAUUAUAUGCAUUCA